CGACACGUGCAUCGUCUGCUGUUGUUUGUGGUCUGAGCAGCGGGCUCCUGUAAACUAAAAACUUGUGAAUAACUAAAUUAUCUUAACUUGUACGAAGAAUAACAAAUAAUUUGAAAAUGGGAGGUAUUCAGAAGAAGAAGUUUGAAAGGGGUUCUGCUACCAACUACAUCACAAGAAAUAAAGCUCGCAAGAAGUUGCAGCUGAGCCUCCCUGAUUUCAGGCGACUGUGCAUUCUUAAAGGCAUCUACCCUCAUGAGCCCAAGCACAAGAAGAAGGUGAACAAGGGUUCCACAGCGGCAAGGACCUUCUACCUGCUCAAAGACAUCCGCUUUCUGAUGCAUGAGCCAAUCGUUGGCAAGUUCAGAGAUUACAAGGUAUUUGUACGCAAACUUAAAAGGGCCUACGGAAAAACAGAAUGGUCUGCCGUUGAGAGACUGAGGGAGAACAAGCCCACCUAUAAACUGGACCACAUAAUCAAAGAAAGAUACCCUUCAUUCAUCGAUGCCCUCCGUGAUAUUGACGAUGCCCUGUGCAUGAGUUUCCUCUUCUCCACCUUUGCCCGCACAGGAAAAUGCCACGUUCAGACCAUCCAGCUAUGCAGGCGCCUCACAGUGGAGUGGAUGAACUAUGUGAUUGCAUCUCGUGCUCUCAGAAAGGUCUUCAUCUCCAUCAAGGGAAUAUAUUACCAGGCGGAGGUGAUGGGACAGCUUAUUACAUGGCUGGUGCCUUAUCAGUUCUCCCAUGAUCAUCCGACUGAUGUUGACUACAGAGUAAUGGCAACUUUCACAGAGCUGUACACAACACUCCUGGGGUUUGUCAACUUUAGACUCUACCAUUCCCUCAACCUGAUCUAUCCCCCAAAGCUGGACAGUAAGGCAGUGUCAGACCUGAAGGAAGAAGACGAAGAAGACUACGCCAUGAAUUCAGAGAGCUACUUAGAGAAAUUGUCCGCUCUGAGUGCCAGUCUGGCGCGGGUCGUUUCUUCUACAGAGGAAGAGGAGGCUGAACUCGACCAGUUCCCUGUUGAAGGGGAGGACAUCGAAAAGAUGGAGGCCAGAGAAAAGGAGCAGAAACAGCAGGAGGCUCAGAGAAAGCUUUUUGUGGGGCUGAAGUUUUUCCUUAACAGAGAAAGUCCCAGAGAGUCACUGGCUUUCAUCAUCCGGUGUUUUGGUGGUGAGGUGUCCUGGGAUAAGUCUGUGUGCAUUGGUAGCACAUAUGAAGUGACUGACGAGACGAUUACACAUCAGAUCGUUGACAGACCAAACAUUGAGAAACAAUACAUCAACAGGUACUACAUCCAGCCUCAGUGGGUGUAUGACUGUGUCAAUGCCAAAAUUCUUCUGCCUGUGGAGGACUACUUCCUGGGGUUGACUCUGCCCCCCCACCUCUCGCCCUUUGUGGAGGAGAAGGAUGGAGACUAUGUGCCCCCUGAAAAACUCAAGAUCAUGGCCCUACAGCGAGGGGAAACCCCUGCCAAUGAGGAGGAAGAAGAGGAUGAGGAAGAGGAGGGUGAAGGUGAAGAAGAAGAGGAUGAAGAAGAUGAUAAUGAAGAAGAGGAUGAAGAGGACGAAGCAGAAGAGAAGAAUCUGAAAAAGAUGGAAGAACAAAGAUCCCAGGGCAAGGUCAAAGUAACUCCUGGUAAAGUAAAGCUGGAAAACCCAGCACGCUUGGAGCAGGAGGAGAAAGCAGAAGAGAAACGUCUGGCUAUUAUGAUGAUGAAGAAAAAGGAAAAAUACCUCUACGACAAGAUCAUGUUUGGAAAGAAGAGAAAAGUCCGAGAGGCUAACAAGCUCGCUGCCAAGAGGAAGGCCCAUGAUGAUGCUGAAAAAUCAAAGAAGAAAAAAGCCAGAAAAUGAAUCAUCGGAUGUUGUAUUUAUCAGACUGACUAUGCAUUUAAAGUGCGUAGCAGGUGUAAUGAUACCUGUACAUGCCUCAGAGAGCUCAGUGAGCUACAUGCACACUGAUUAGGGUGCAUUGUCUUGUGAUGGAUUUCAAGAUGAAAUCCAGGAUGUUAUAUGAGAACUGUAAUUAUUAAUGUUAAAGUGACUGUUUGACUUUUGUUUGUAUGAACCAUUCUACAUCGCACAGAUAUUUCUCCCUGUUUAUUUCACAUCUGUACUUGAUAUGCUCUGUAUUUUAAAGUAAACGGCAGUUAAAAUGAAGCAUGUUUUUUGUGAUCUUCAAAUAGAAGUCAGAAGUUGAGUAGAGUCUCUGAAUAGAGGACAAUCCACCCUUUGACAUUACCCUGGACCCAAGUGUCUACAGCUGUACAGUAUUUGUGGACCAAGGUCAACCAUCCUGCUGCUCUGGAUCGUCUACACGCUUGGGCAGUGGGCAUUGAUGACGAAUGAGCAGUAGCCCCUCUGUACCCUCUUGAGGCUGUAGGUCAUCAUGGUGGGCUGAAGGCCAAGCCAGUCAUGCCGUACUCUCCUCAGUCUCCUCAUUCAGUUCAAGACACUCAAUGCCUUCCUCUCGUCCUGAUCUGCAUUCUUUGCAUGCCCGCCCAGUCCGGGUCUCACCCUGGUACUCUGGGUGUUUGAGGGCAAAGGCCCGCCUCACUCAACAAAAGCAGCAGUGUCGUGCUGUGUGGCAUGACGAGUGUGGGAUGAGCAGGGCUGAUCUGAGAGCGAGGGGCCGCUGUGAGGAGAGGGAGCUCACACUUACUGUACCGUGCUUGGCAUUAGCGGCACAUAUUGCUGCAUCCUGGCUAGCAGAGCCAAAUGGAGUGUCUCUGAUGGAGUGUCAAAGGCUCAAUGUUCAUUUAGUUCUCUAUUGAAACAUCUCCAAGAGUUGAAUUGAGAACACGAGUCUCAUGCAAAAUUUCCUGAAA